AUGGCCUACUCCAGCGAUGCUGGGCCAAUCGUGCGUCGCCCUGCACAGAAAUCGUGGAUUGAGAGAGCCUUCAACAAGAGAGAAUGUGUUCAUAUCAUAGUGAGUGCCAAAGACCCCCAUAGGUGCUGCUGUGGCCGUCUGAUUGGUCAGCACGUUGGCCUGCCCCCCGGCAUCUCCUCCAGUCAGAAUGACAAGACGGAGCGUCUGGCUAAGAAUGACAGCCUAUCAGAGAAAUGGUCAAUCAGCAAACACACCCAGCUCAGCCCCACCGACGCCUUCGGAACCAUUGAGUUCCAGGGAGGUGGCCACUCCAACAAAGCCAUGUAUGUGCGUGUGUCCUACGACACCAAGCCAGACCUCCUGCUGCACCUGAUGACCAAGGAGUGGCAGCUGGACCUUCCCAAGCUGCUCAUCUCGGUGCAUGGGGGCCUGCAGAACUUUGAGUUGCAGCCCAAACUCAAACAGGUCUUUGGCAAGGGCCUCAUCAAGGCUGCAAUGACAACCGGAGCCUGGAUCUUCACCGGCGGGGUCAACACAGGUGGGCUGGGGGUGAUCCGGCAUGUGGGUGAUGCGCUAAAGGACCAUGCCUCUAAAUCUCGGGGGAAGAUCUGCACUAUUGGCAUCGCCCCCUGGGGCAUCGUGGAGAACCAGGAGGACCUGGUGGGAAAAGACGUGGUCCGACCGUACCAGACCAUGUCCAACCCACUGAGCAAGCUGACCGUGCUCAACAGCCUGCACUCCCACUUCAUCCUGGCCGAUAAUGGGACCACAGGGAAGUACGGUGCUGAGGUCAAACUACGCAGACAGCUGGAGAAACACAUCUCCCUGCAGAAGAUCAACACACGUAUUGGUCAGGGAGUGCCGGUGGUGGCUCUGAUAGUGGAGGGGGGUCCUAAUGUGAUCUCCAUCGUGUUGGAGUACCUGAGGGACACUCCGCCUGUCCCCGUGGUGGUGUGUGACGGGAGCGGGCGUGCCUCAGACAUCCUGGCAUUUGGACACAAGUACUCAGAGGAGGGAGGGAUCAUAAAUGAGACUCUGAGGGACCAGUUGCUGGUGACCAUACAGAAGACAUUCACGUACAGCCGGACCCAAGCCCAACACCUCUUCAUCAUCCUCAUGGAAUGCAUGAAGAAGAAGGAGUUGAUAACAGUUUUUCGGAUGGGGUCUGAAGGACACCAGGACAUUGACCUGGCCAUUCUCACUGCUCUGCUUAAAGGAGCCAACGCAUCGGCUCCUGACCAGCUCAGCCUGGCCCUGGCCUGGAACCGAGUAGACAUCGCUCGCAGUCAGAUCUUCAUCUAUGGACAACAGUGGCCUGUGGGUUCUCUGGAGCAGUCUAUGCUGGAUGCCCUGGUGCUGGACAGAGUGGACUUCGUCAAGCUGCUGAUCGAGAACGGAGUGAGCAUGCAUCGCUUCCUCACUCUCUCCAGAUUGGAGGAGCUCUACAACACGAGACAUGGACCAUCCAACACUCUAUACCACCUGGUCAGAGACGUCAAAAAGCAAGAAUAUCCAGGGUUCAGUUGGAUCUACUUCAAGGGUAACCUCCCACCAGAUUACCGCAUUAGUCUCAUUGACAUUGGAUUGGUCAUCGAGUACUUGAUGGGCGGAGCUUACCGAUGCAACUACACCAGGAAGAGGUUUAGAACGCUGUAUCAUAACCUUUUUGGACCCAAACGACCCAAAGCCCUGAAACUGCUGGGGAUGGAGGAUGACAUGCCGAUCCGAAGGGGUCGUCAGAAGACUACACGGAAGCGGGAGGAGGAGGUGGACAUUGACCUGGACGACCCUGAGAUAAACCACUUCCACUUCCCCUUCCAUGAGUUGAUGGUGUGGGCCGUGCUGAUGAAGAGACAGAAGAUGGCACUGUUCUUCUGGCAGCACGGGGAGGAGGCCAUGGCUAAAGCCCUGGUGGCUUGUAAGCUGUGUAAGGCCAUGGCCCACGAGGCCUCCGAGAACGACAUGGUGGACGACAUCUCACAGGAGCUCAACCAUAACUCCAGUGAGUUUGGCCAGCUAGCCGUUGAGCUGCUGGAUCAGUCUUACAAGCAGGAUGAGCAGAUGGCCAUGAAGCUGCUAACCUACGAGCUGAAGAACUGGAGUAACGCCACCUGCCUUCAGCUGGCUGUGGCCGCCAAGCACCGCGACUUCAUCGCCCACACUUGCAGCCAGAUGCUGCUCACCGACAUGUGGAUGGGACGGCUGCGCAUGCGCAAGAACUCUGGACUUAAGGUGAUCUUGGGCCUGCUGCUGCCUCCGUCCAUCCUGAGUCUGGAGUUCAAGAACAAGGAUGAGAUGUCAUAUAUGCCCCAGGACCAGGACACUUACCUGCAGGAGAAGGAGGAGGAGCCUGAGAAGCCUGCCAAUGAGAAGGAAGAAGAGGACAUGGAGUUCACAGUAAGAUCCUACUGUGAGACGCAGUACAACUCCGUGGCCAUGCUGGGUAAGGUAAGCACGGAGGCGUCUCGUAAGAAGGGUGUGGGGGAGGUCCAGAAUAGACACCGGCUCAUCCCCAUGGGCCGAAAGAUCUACGAGUUUUACAACGCCCCCAUCGUCAAGUUCUGGUUUCACACAAUGGCCUAUGUGGCGUACCUGAUGCUGUUCAACUAUAUUGUGCUGGUGAAGAUGGACCUGUGGCCCUCACCGCAGGAGUGGAUAGUCAUCGCUUACAUCUUCACCAAUGGCAUCGAGAAGAUGAGAGAGAUUCUGAUGUCGGAGCCGGGGAAGCUGUUGCAGAAGGUAAAGGUGUGGCUUCAGGAGUACUGGAACAUCACGGACCUCAUGGCCAUCCUCAUCUUCUCUGUGGGCAUGGUGCUCCGCCUCCAGGAGCCGCCCCUCAUGAGUUACGGCCGGGUCAUCUACUGCGUUAACAUCAUCUAUUGGUACAUCCGGCUGCUCGACAUCUUUGGCGUCAACAAAUACCUGGGCCCCUAUGUCAUGAUGAUCGGCAAGAUGAUGAUUGACAUGAUGUACUUUGUGAUCAUCAUGCUGGUAGUGUUGAUGAGUUUCGGAGUGGCCAGGCAGGCCAUCCUGAAUCCCAAUGAGGACCCGUCCUGGAUGCUGGCUCGGAACAUCUUCUUCAUGCCUUACUGGAUGAUCUAUGGAGAGGUGUUCGCUGAUCAGAUCGACCCUCCAUGUGGCCAGAAUAUCACCACAGAGGACGGGCAUGUUGUGGCUCUGCCGCCCUGUAAGACAGGAGCCUGGAUCGUUCCUGCCAUCAUGGCCUGCUACCUUCUGGUGGCCAACAUCCUGCUGGUCAACCUGCUCAUCGCUGUUUUCAACAACACCUUCUUUGAGGUGAAGUCCAUCUCCAACCAGGUGUGGAAGUUCCAGAGGUACCAGCUCAUCAUGACCUUCUACGAGCGGCCCAUCCUCCCCCCUCCCCUUAUCAUUUUCAGUCACAUGACCAUGGUCCUCAAGCACCUGUGCUGUCGCUGGCGUAAGCACGACGAUGACGAGAGAGACUAUGGGCUGAAGCUCUUCAUCACUGAAGACGAGCUGAAGAAAGUGCAUGACUUUGAGGAGCAGUGCAUCGAGGAGUACUUCCGCGAGAAGGAUGACCGCUUCAACUCCUCAAAUGACGAGAGGAUCCGAGUGACAUCAGAGAGAGUGGAGAACAUGGCCAUGCGCCUGGAGGAGGUGAAUGAGAGAGAACACUUCAUGAAGUCAUCUCUGCAGACCGUGGACAUACGGCUGGCCCAGAUGGAGGAGCUGAUUGGUCGGAUCGCUGUGGCUCUUGAGCGAGUCACGGGGGUGGAGCGGGGGGAGGUCAACAAGGCCCGCUCACGCACCUCCUCGGACUGCACAGACUCGGCCUACAUGCUGCGUCAGGGUGAGUGCCCAGAUGCGGCUUACAUCCUGCGCCAAAGCAGCUUCAACAGCCAAGAGGGGAACUCCUACCGGCUCAAUGAGGGUGCAGAGGGCUCCAUGUCUCCGCCCUCCCCCACCGGCCUGGCCACUCGCACACGCAGUCACUCCUUCUACGUGGGCGGAGGUCUUGAGCGAGCUGGGGCCGACAGGGCCGAAAGGGCCGACCGUUUCCUCAAGGAGCGCUCCUUCAGCCUGCACCGAGCCAAUAGCUCACAGUCGGUGGCCUCGGGUACCGCCCCCAAGGAGUCUAAGCCCCUCCCACUGGCCACGCUGUCCAUCUCCCAGCAGCACCGCCCCUCUUCCUGCAUCGACAUCUAUGUGUCGGCAUCCGAGGAGGCGGGGCCAGCUGAGGUCUUCUCGGACCCGCUGAGGAUGGGCCCUCCCCUCCGGCACGACUCUUCGCUCCACUCUGAGAUUAUGGAGGCGGUGCUGUCGAGCGGGAGGGACUACAGCGGAGGCAGCGGAUUGGGCGACAGACACUCGGAGGGUGGUGCAGUGUUCGAGGACAGCGCGGCUGCAGACCUGUCACUAUGCUCCGCCCACCUUCUCCCAGAUAACACCAUGCCGACCUGGGACCUGGACCCCUCCCCACCCCCGUCAGCGGGGCCACUGGAGCGCUCCAAGAGCAGCCGCUACCUGUCCACUGGCGGCAGGGGCUACCUAGAAGAGACUCAGCUGGUCAAAUCUCACAGCCUCAUGUUUACACCGCGAGGCUGCUACGGAGGCCUAGGGGCAGGUGUUCAGGUCAAAGCGGCUGAGUACACCAGCAUCACUGACUGCAUAGACACCAGGUGUGUCUCCGCCCCUUACUCCACCGCAGAGCGCUCCCACUCCCCCGGAGGCUCCGCCUCAUUCCCCUUCAAUAAGCCCCCGGACUUGGGCUCCUCCCACCCAGAGCGCGAGGCCGAGCUCAGCCACACAGAGUCAGACCCUGAAGACCCAGAGGACCUGGCCCCGGCCCCCGAGCCCCAUCGCAUGGGGAGGGGCUUAAGAGGGGCGAGUGGGACCCCAUUCUGCUCACCCUUCUCCAGAAUGGAACGAGCCAACAGCUGCUCCUCAGAUGACUCCUCCCACCCAUCAUUGGCCCCUCCUUCACACAGAAAAAGCCUGUCGGUCAGUGAGAGGAUGGAGAGGGGUGCAGACCGUGGGGUUCUGGGGGGACCCAGGAACCCCUUCCUGAGGAGCAAGUCAGGGGCACGGCCCGACACUAAGACAGACAGCCUUUCCAUGAGAAAGCUGACCACCCCCUCUGCGUUCAGCAGCUUCGACAGUAGACACAACUACACGUGACAAUGAUGAAGAAAACAGGACCGGGACAGGGCACACUCUGUUACUAUACAGGACCAUAGGGCCAGCCAGGGGUAAAGGCAAGGGUCAUGGGGAGGGCUCCUACCAGUGUAAAACAAAGUGCUAUGAAGCUAGGGUAGUUCUUACCUCCUCCUGAAGCUGACUCUUGUUGUAUGUUUGGUGAUGGAGGGUAUGUGCCGUGUCUGUCUACCAUCUUUUUAGUCAAGUCAACACAUUGUUACUGUAAUGCAUCAUGUCACAGAACACUGGUGUAGCCCAAAUAGAAAGUAUAAAAAUGAAAUAUCUGAUAGGACAGUUUAGUCAGUCUUUAGAAAAUAAUAAACUUGGCCACCUGACAAUAUAAGACUGGAGGUCAGAAUUGACACCUCAACCCAAAUUUCCUCAGGUUCCCUAGUUUCCUCUUUGCCCUUAAACUGCCCAUACUCAUGGAUAUUACUCUAUACUUCUGUGCUUCCACCACUGAAAUAGUACUCUGUCUUUCCACCACUGAAAUAGUACACUGUCUUUCCACCACUGAAAUAGCACUCUGUCUUUCCACCACUGAAAUAGCACUCUGUCUUUCCACCACUGAAAUAGCACUCUGUCUUUCCACCACUGAAAUAGCACUCUGUCUUUCCACCACUGAAAUAGCACUCUGUCUUUCCACCACUGAAAUAGCACUCUGUCUUUCCACCACUGAAAUAGCACUCUGUCUUUCCACCACUGAAAUAGCACUCUGUCUUUCCACCACUGAAAUAGCACUCUGUCUUUCCACCACUGAAAUAGCACUCUGUCUUUCCACCACUGAAAUAGCACUCUGUCUUUCCACCACUGAAAUAGCACUGUCUUUCCACCACUGAAAUAGCACUCUGUCUUUCCACCACUGAAAUAGCACUCUGUCUUUCCACCACUGAAGUAGCGUUCAGUCUUUUCACCACAGACAUAGCACUGCAUGCUACAACAGUAGCAGCAGUAGUAACCUCAUCCCCAGGGUAAUUGUACAUACUGCAUAUAAGCCUGAAACACCACCGACUCAAAUCUGGCCUAUGUGGUAGUAAAAAAUAAAAACUACAAAAACAUUUUUUUUAUCUUAACGAAUCACACGACUGGGCGUUGUGUCUCCUAUUCAAAAAACUUGUGCGACGCUAGCAAGACGGAGGUGGAAGUGCUCAGAGGGAGGUGAUUGAUCACAAAUAAAGCCAAUGGCUAUGGAUUAUAACUUUUUCCUGAUCUUUCUGUUGGGAUAAUGAAGGCCACGUUUGAAGUUUUGGUCCACCAGACUGUCCAAGCAUGCAUAAGCGACAUAAGCGGUCGCUUCCGGGGGGCCCCCGACCCCCCAACAAAACUCAGUCUGGGAACUCAGUUGGGGUCUCAACUUACUGUUGAGAGAUAGAAUAGAAGAAUACACAAGGUGAAAGUUCGAAAUUUGGUUGUGCAUCAGCAGUUUUUUUUUUCUUGUUUUGUCAUUCACUGACAGUCAUUCAAUUAGCCAUGUCAGCUAACAAUUUUUAGAUUGAUAAGUUAGUCUAGCCAGUUAUCUAAACAGAGCCCAGGGGCCCAAAUUGAUUUUGUUAGUCACGCUCACUCAGAUAUCAUUAACAUUUCAUAAAUCAUGGCAAAAUGGGUAGAAUUGCAGGAAAUUAGAUUUAAAUUGCAAAAAUGUCUCUCUGCCCCAUGGCAAAAUGAGUAGAAUUGUAUGAAAUAUAAAGUUGCAACAUUUUAUCUCCGUCCCAUGCCAAAAUGUGUAGAACGCCAGAAAACGUACUUAAAAACUGCAAAAAGUUAUUGCUGCCCCAUGGCAAAAUCAGUAGAAUGCAUGAAAUGUGUUAUAAAUGUGCUACAUUUUCUCUCCGCCCCAUGGCAAACUUUGUAGAAAAUUAAAUGUAAAAGUACUAAAAUGAUCUCCACCAUCAAGAGGGGGGCCACUAAACAUCUUGCCCUGUGUCAGAGCAUUGGG